AGGGGGAUUAAGGCCUUUUUUUAUUUUAUGUCUUUUUGUUUAAAAGGAGCACUGUUAUAAUGACAAUCUCGUGGCUUGAUAUUUUGAAAUGACGCCUCAUAAUAAAAACACCUGAAACAAAAAGUAAGAUCCGAACCUGAGACAAAGAUGGCCGUCCUGAGGGUGACGUUCACCAAGUUCCGGCGCGACAAGCUGGCCCAGGUGCUGUGGAUCCUGAACUGGGUUUCCGUGGUGACGGGCCUGCUCCUCUUCAGCCUGGGGCUCUUCCUCAAGGUGGAGAUCAAUAAGCGCUGGGAGCUGAUGGCCGAGCAGGACGUCCACCAGGUGCCCAACAUGCUGAUCGCCGUGGGCCUGGUGGCCUGCGCCAUCAACUUCCUGGGCGGCAAGAUCUGCUACGACUGCGUGGACAGCUCCAAGUUCCUGCGCUGGAAGCUCAUCCUGCUGCCCUACAUCGUGUGCACCUUCUUCUUCACCUUCUCCGUGCUGGCUGGCGCGCUGCUGUGCUACGGCAUGCGGGGCCAGCUGGAGCAGGCCCUGACGCUGGGCCUCACCCAGGCCAUGCGCUUCUACAAGGACACGGACACGCCGGGCCGCUGCUACCUCAAGCGCACCGUGGACCUCCUGCAGAUGGAGUUCCAGUGCUGCGGCAACGCCGGCUACAAGGACUGGUUCUACAUCCAGUGGGUCAGCAACCGCUACCUGGACAUGUCCCAGAAGGAGGUGGUGGAUCGUCUGAGGAGCAACGUGGACGGGCAGUACCUGGUGGACGACGUCCCGUUCAGCUGCUGCAACACCCUCUCCCCGCGGCCCUGCAUCCAGGAGCACAUCUCCAACGCCACGGCCCACUACAACUACGAGCCCCAGACGGAGAGCCUCAACCUGUGGAUGCAGGGCUGCCGCCAGGCCCUGCUCAGCUACUACACACAGAUCAUGCAGUCCAUCGGCCUCACCGUCCUCAUCAUCUGGCUCUUCGAGCUGUCCGUGUUGACGGGGGUGCGCUACCUCCAAACCUCCCUGGAGAACGUGCUGAAGCAAGGGGACCCCGACUGUGAGUCGGAGGGCUGGCUGCUGGAGAACAGCUUCGCGGAGACGGCUCGCUCCAACCUCAACAUCAUCAAGAACCUGGGCAAGUGCAACCAGAUCGACACGGCAGAGAACGGCGACCGCAACCUCAACGUCCCCCCCUGCACCCCCUCCCCGGCCCGCUACGGGCCCGACAACAUGCCGCCCACUGAACAGGCCAAGGGCAGCUAA